UUCUACCCCGACUCUCCUCCUUUCCCAGUGCGCCGUGUGCCCCCUCGUUUCUCCAUCCUCCCCUCCAACCAUGAGAUCAUGCCAGGAGGGAGCGUCAACAUCACCUGUGUGGCCGUGGGUUCGCCCAUGCCCUACGUCAAGUGGAUGCUGGGCACCGAGGACCUGACCACGGAGGACGAGAUGCCCAUCGGACGCAAUGUGCUGGAGCUCAACGGAGUCCGAGAGUCUGCAAACUACACCUGUGUGGCCAUGAGCAGCCUGGGUAUCAUCGAGGCCACCGCUCAGGUCUUAGUGAAGACUUUGCCAAAGCCUCCUGGUACCCCCAUAGUCACAGAGACCACCGCCACAAGUGUGACCAUCACCUGGGACUCUGGGAACCCAGACCCCGUCUCCUACUACAUCAUCCAGUACCGAGCCAAGGGGCCGGACAGCAAGUACGAGACGGUGGACAGCAUCACCACCACCCGCUACAGCAUCGGGGGACUCUACCCCAACACUGAGUAUGAAAUCAGAGUGUCUGCCUUCAAUAGCAUCGGCCAGGGCCCCUCCUCUACUCGUGUGGAUGCCCGCACAGGGGAGCAAGCCCCGGCCAGCCCGCCCCGAAACGUCCAGGCACACAUUAUAUCGCAGAACACUGUGAUGGUCCGCUGGGAGGAGCCGGAGGAACCCAAUGGACAG